AUGAAGCACCCCACGGCGGCCCCGUCCUCGUCGCUAGAGCUGACGAAGAAGCCGUUUCUGGCAGACCUUCUCCGCAAGGCUGCGGAGCGGCUCUGCCACAAGCAGCUGUGGCGUGUUGCGAGCCAGCUGGAGCAGCUUCCAUCGCCUGCCUCGGCAGACACGGUGCGCGAUGCGUUGCGGGCCAUUUCCGUCUUCCUCUCCGAUGAGGAUCACGCGCACAUGUGCGAGACCUACGCCGCCGGCGCCACUGACGGACAGGAGGGUUCUCGGAUGAUCGACACGUCGGCUCUCAUUCAGAGUCUGAGCACAUCCCCGCUGACGCCGCGCAGGAAGUACGUGGUGGACCUUCUUAUCCGCAAGCUAGACCCCAAGGGCACCGGUAUUAUCUCCUACGGAACCCUAAGUGACCACUACGACGUGCUGCGGCAUCCAGAGGUGCGAAACGGUGCGCGCACCGAGGACGAUGUGUUGCUUGCUUUCUUCGACAACUUCUGCGGGGCCGACGGCACACCCAUGGUGCAGUUGACGGAGGCAGAGAUGCGCAUGUACUGCGUCGGUAUUUCGAUGCGGAUGAAGGAUGACACCGACUUUGAGCUGUGGUGCACGCGGGCAUUUUGCCUCGAUCGACCGAAGCUAGAUCAGAGCCAGGUGACGGCGCACCUGUCCGGUUCCCGCAGCCACUCCCGUAUGAGCCGUCUGCUAGGCGAGGGCCGGCAGCACCCGCUCUACACGACAACAAAUGAGGAGUACGGAAAGGAGUUGACGCUGUCGGACUACAAGCUGCCGCAGCACGGCCGCCCGCAGCAGUUCACGCGCAACUUGAAGCAGCGCACCGGUGGGGCGACAUCCAUGAACAUGUAG